AUGCCGCGUAAAGGAGGCAAGCGCAGGAAAACCCGCACGCACGUGGUGGAAGCCCCAAGUGUCGAGAAGGAUGACACGCCCAUGAGCUUCGUUUUCAAGAUGGGUAAAGUACCUGGCGUCGUGAGCAGUCUCGUGCAGGAUAUGCGGCGAGUCAUGGCCCCGUACACAGCCGACAAACUUCGCGAGAAGCGCAAGAACACGCUCAAGGACUUUGUACAUGUCGGUGCGCCUCUGGGCGUCACUCACUUUAUCUUCUUCACCAACACGGAGGCUGGAACGAACCUCAAGAUCGCGCGUAUCCCGCGUGGCCCGACGUUGUCGUUUAAAGUGACCAAGUACUCGCUCAUGAGCCAGAUGCAUUUGGUCGUGAAGCGCCCCGUGGACGCGUCGCAAGCUCUCAAGUCCAAGCCUCUGGUAGUUCUCAACAACUUUACGACACCCGACGACCACAUUAAGCUCAUGAACGUGACGUUCCAGAACAUGUUCCCUGCUAUCGACGUCCAGACGGUGGCGCUGUCCGAGUGCCGACGCGUGGUGCUGUUCAACUACGAGAAGGAGACAGACACGGUCGAGUUCCGCCAGUACGUGAUCCGUGCAGCGCCACUGGGACUCUCCAAGAGUGUCAAGACCAUUGUGAAGGCCAAGGUUCCCAACCUGAACAAGCUCGAGGACAUCAGCGAGUACGUGCUCGGCAACGGCGCGGGCAUUGGAUCGGCUUCGGACAGUGAAGUGGACGACGAAGCGGCACACGUAACGCUGCCCGACUCGUUUCGUGGACGAGGCAACCGGAAGGCAGAGAAGAGUGCGGUGCGUUUGACGGAGAUCGGACCGCGGCUCACGCUGAGUUUGACCAAGGUGGAGCGCGGUAUUUGCGAGGGCGACGUGUUGUACCACGCGUACAAGACUAAGACGCCCGAGGAGUCGGCGAAGGCCAAGGCUAAGCACGAAGCCGCUCUGGCACUCAAACGCGAACGUCGUGAAGAACAGGAAGCGAAUGUCGCCAAGAAGCAGGAGGUCAAGGAGGCUAAGAAGCAACGCAAGGCUGAGCGUAAGCGUAAGCGCGAGCAGGACGAUGACGACGACGAGUACAAUGAGACUACUGCGAAGACUGGCGACGACUCGGAGCUGGACGACGUCGAGUAUUAUCGCCAGGAGGUUGGCGAGGAGCCUGACACGUACAUGUUCCCAGAGAAAAAGAAGGAGCCGAAGAACAAGAAACACAAGGUCACCGACAAGAAAUCUGCUGCUGUCCAGAAGCCGUCGGAAGUGGCAGCGUCAGACAAGAAGAACCGCUUCCUGCGGCCUGGCGCCAAGGCUCCCAAGGGCCAAGUCGUUCGCCAGCGCCAGCCUAAGAAGAAGUAA